AUGGAGAUCAUCAAUAAUUGUGAUCAUGAAGAAGAAGCAAUACAACAUGCUAUUGCUAAUAACAAUUCAGUUAUUCAAUUCCUUCUCAAUCAACAAAAAAAUCAAGCAAUCCAUGGUGGUUCAGUUCCCGAACGUUCUUUCAUCCAUCGUGAUCGAGAAAGUGCUCAUGACAGAUUGUUCAAUGAUUAUUUCUCAGAGAACCCGAAGUACAAUGAAGCUACAUUUCGCAGGAGAUUUCGUAUGUCUCGUCUUCUAUUUCUUCGUAUUAUUCAUCAAGUUGAAAGUCAUGAAAACUACUUCACACAACGAAGGGAUUCAAGUGGUAGACUUGGAUUAUCAUCUCUUCAAAAAAUAACGGCUGUAUUUCGGAUGCUAGCAUAUGAUCUUCCUGCAGAUGCCAUAGACGAGUACAUAAAGAUAGGCGAAUCAACAACAAUCGAAAGCAUGAAAAAGUUUUGUCGAGCCGUAGUGGAGAUAUUUUCAAAGGAAUACCUACGAUCACCAACACCUAAUGACAUUUCCCGACUUCUUUACAUUGGUGAAAAACGAGGUUUUUCCGGAAUGCUUGGUAGCCUAGAUUGCAUGCACUGGAAGUGGAAAAAUUGUCCUACUGCUUGGGCGGGACAAUAUGCAGGUCGUAGUGGAUCACCUACUAUAAUUCUUGAAGCUAUGGCAGAUUAUGAUCUUUGGAUAUGGCAUGCUUAUUUCGGAUUGCCAGGCACUAAUAAGGAUAUCAAUGUGUUGGAAUCUUCCCACCUUUUCUCCAAUCUCGCUCAAGGUAUUGCUCCUCCAGUUCAUUAUACCAUUCAAGGAAAAGAAUACAAUAUGGGUUAUUACUUGGCUGAUGGUAUAUAUCCAAAAUGGUCCACCAUAGUGCAAACUAUACACGAACCAAGAGGUCCAAAGAACAAAUAUUUUGCAACACAACAAGAAGCAUGCAGAAAAGAUGUAGAACGUGCAUUCGGAGUACUUCAAUCACGUUUUGCUAUUUUGAAAGGACCGGUACGUUUUUGGAAAAAGAAUGUGCUACAUGACAUAAUAACUACAUGCAUAAUUUUACAUAAUAUGAUAAUCGAGGAUGAGCGUGAUCUUAAUGCACCGAUUGAAGUUGAAAGAGAAGUUCCACCUCCAUGA